CUUGACCUGUCUCAGUUCACUCUCUCCGCCUCUCCGUCUCUCUAACGAUCCGCUGCGAACCUCGGAACCAUGGCUACUUUAGCGGUGGCUGCUGCUCGUCAAGCUGCGACGCUAACCCGGAUCUCCUCGCCUAAAAUUUCGGCUCAAGCCUCCAAUCUAGUUCAUCGGCGUGGCCUUGCCGGCGCUGCAGAUCACCAUGGCCCACCUAGGGUUAAUAUUUGGCAAGACCCAAUGAGCCCAUCUAAGUGGAAGGAAGAGCAUUUUGUAAUUGCCUCCCUGUCUGGCUGGGGUCUACUCAUCUUUGGAGGGUACAAAUUCUUUACGAAAGGCAAAGGCAAGGAGGAAGAGAAACUGGUGGAAGCAUCACACUAAGGUUUGGAUUGUUUAAUUGACAUGGAAUUUUCCUGGUAAUAAGCUGUGGGCUUGGACUUUUUAUUGGUUGGAAAUAGUUAUGUUGGCUAGUUAUGAUCAAAAUCUGUGGAGAAUGAUCCUGUGAUAAAAUUUGGAGGCUGAUUUCUUUUGUUGGAAGACAAUCAGCCCUUUAUGUUUUGUUGCCUGUUUUCUAGUUAUUUUUCAUGAUUUGAUGCAUUGGCCUUACAGUGUGCUAAUAAUGCGAAGCCAAUCUUCAUGGAA